GUGGCCCUCGCCGCACGGCCCAAGCCUUUGGAGGCACAGCAGCCUUCGGAGCCGUCGGUGGCAGCACAGCCUUCGGAGCCGUCGGAGCCCGAGCGGCCGGAGCGCGCGGCCCAGCCGGGAGAGCUCUACGAGCUGCAGAAGCUGCGCUUCACCGUGGAGGGCAAAUUCGGCUGGUCUCCCAUUGGACCCAGCUACAGGGUCCGCGAGACCGAGGCCUCGGCCUUGGCCGUGCUGGCCCGCCGCGAGCCCGUGAUCUCCUGCUACCCAAGCCUGCGCGGGCUCAGCGGGUUGACGGAGCUGGAGAAGGGCGUCUACGAAAUCUCCCCGAAGCUCUGGCUGAAGCACGUCACCAAG